AACUUUUCUAAUUUCAUAUGAACCCAGGAUUUCUCACAGCCCAGCAUUCAUCUUUUCCAGCCCACGAAAUAUAUACACACACUAGCGCCAAAUUUCACUGCAGAAUUCACUUCACACAGCAUCAAGAUUCAAGAUCUCAUGUUACAGUUCCAGAUCCCACUUCUGUAUAUACACAAAACACAUUAACUUACAUAUAAAUCUUGUGUGAUUUCAUGUUUGGUUCUGAAUAUUCAUCAAUUUGAGAUUUCAAGAAUGUCUGCAUCUCUAUAUCAAAGACAACCCCCAAUCACACUCGCAGACCCAUAUCCAGAAUCACCCAAAUCAACCAUUAAUUCCCAAAAGCCCGGAUCUUUUUUGACCCGGAACACCCUCUUAGCUCUCUUUUCUCUCCUCAUAAUUCUUGGGUUUUUGUUCCCUUACAGUUCUACUUCAAUACCCUCUUCUUUGUUGUUCUCAAAUUCCAAGAUUUUUGAGUCCAAAUGGAGGGCUUACACGCUUUCUGAGGCUGUGGCUUUUGUGGGGACUAAUGGGACUGUGAUUGUUUGUGCUGUGAGUCAGCCUUACUUGCCUUUCUUGAAUAAUUGGUUGAUUAGUAUUGUUAAGCAGAAGCAUCAUGAGAAAGUGCUUGUUAUUGCUGAGGAUUAUUACACAUUGUUUAAGGUUAAUGAGAGAUGGCCUGGUCAUGCUGUGCUUGUUCCGCCCGCCCCGGAUGCUCAGGUUGCUCAUAAGUUUGGGUCUCAGGGCUUUUUUAAUUUUACAUCGCGGAGGCCUCGCCAUCUACUGCAGAUCUUGGAGCUUGGGUAUAAUGUCAUGUACAAUGAUGUUGAUAUGGUUUGGUUAGCAGAUCCAUUUCCUUACUUACAAGGAAAGCAUGAUGUAUACUUCAUGGAUGACAUGACUGCAGUGAAACCUCUGAACCACUCUAAUGCUUUGCCACCUCCAGGGAAAAAAGGAAGGCCCUAUAUUUGCAGCUGCAUGAUUUACAUGCGACCCACAAAGGGUGCAAAACUGGUUAUGAAAAAGUGGAUUGAAGAACUUCAGGAUCAGCCAUGGUCAAAAGCAAAGAAAGCUAAUGACCAACCAGGUUUUAACUGGGCUUUGCAAAAAACUGCAGAGCAGGUGGAUCUGUAUCUGCUCCCUCAGGCAGCAUUCCCAACAGGUGGAUUAUACUUCAAGAAUCGAACUUGGGUGAAAGAAACAAAGGGAAUGCAGGUUAUCAUUCACAAUAACUACAUUAUUGGGUUUGAAAAGAAAAUAAAGCGGUUCAAAGAAUAUGACCUAUGGUUGGUGGAUGAACAUGCCUCGGAGUCGCCCCUGGGCAAUAUAUCAUGAACUUGAGUACCCUGACCAGAAGUCAAGAACUCCAUGUAGUGGAAAACAUUACAACACUUAUCACUUACCCAUAUGACUGUCUCUAAUCAUGGUGCACUAACAAUGAAGUACAAAGAAGCACAUUGAGACACAAGUCAUGCUGAUUCAUUAGCGUACCUAUCCGUGAUCCAAAAUGAUAUGAUUUUGUUCAAGUGAGUGUAUAAAUACACAUUCCAUUAUUCAAUAUAAUUUGUUGUUUACAAAAUGUAAAAUGAUACAUGUUGCAACUAUAUCUACAACUUGCUAUGUGAUAUGAUAUUUUGUAUGUGCA